AUGAGGAACAGUAAAAACACCCACAAAAUUCCAGCUGAUAAUUACCCCAUUCAGACAUUGGCAAAUUUGUCCCUCAAUCCAAGUCGACCUUCCUACUCAUCAGAGUUCUUGGAACUUCAUGUGUUUUAUGCCCCUGAGGGAUCUUGGAACUAUAAGCUAAACACAAUUUUAGUAGAAGUUGUUGACAAAUUCAUUUCAGCUGGAUUUCUAAGAGUAUCUCCUCACUUUACUUAUAAGCAAGCCCUGAGGGAGUGUCUUGGUGAAUUCCUUGGUGAAGAUGCUGUUGCAGAAAAAUUUUUAUUUCUGAACAUUGGAAAUAAUCUAGCUGUGGUGAAGGCAAAACAAGAAUCAGAACUGAAAUUCAAAUUGUUCCUCCAUAUGUAUGCUCUUCAAUCAGAAUUAUAUUUGCUUCCUGUAAUGGAUCAUUUUGGAAAUAUUUACUCAGUAUCAACAAUUUCUUUAGAUGGGCGGCAGACUGAUGAUGGUGUUGCUGAGGCUGUCGAAGUAAUUCACAGACCAGUUAGUGUAACUCUGUCAAAGGAAGAACCUGGGACAGAUCCAAGUUUUUUAGAAAAUGUUUUGAACAAGCCUCUCAACAAAAAUAAGGAAAAAGCUGGGAAGAAAGAGACUCUGAAAGAAAACCAGACUUUAAAAAAUCAAUUCAGGAAUUCUGAAUUGCCAGGAUCACUGGAAGAUUCAAAUAAUGACUAUUUUAGCACCAAAAAGAGUCAGUUUCUCUGGAGAAAUGAAGAUGAUGGAGUUAAUAACAUUAGAAGACAUGACAGUCAGAUAGGUAAAAAAGAAUACAUCACCUUACCAGAUCUUAAAGAUUUUCCUUCACUUCCUUGUCAAGGAAAUGAUGUCCCUGCUGAUUUUCCAGGAAUAACUGAAAUCUCUUCACUAGAGAUUCAUAGAAGGAAGGUUAUCAAACAAAUAAAACAAGUAAAGGAAGAAAGAAAGUAUCUGCAAAGAAUUAAAGAGGAGCUAAUAAAAGUUGAAAAGCAGUAUGAACAAAGCACAUUGAGACAAUAUCGUGCCUGUGAUAGUUCGAAGAAAAAAUACUUUGAAACAAAGAAAGUGACAGCAUCAUUGGAGGAGGUUUUAGUAAAAUUUCAAGAAGAUUUAGAACUCUACUAUAAAAAACUGCUCAUGCAGCUUAAAGCUAGGGAGAUCAAGAUAAGAUUGAAGACUAUAGCAAACAUCACAAACUCUAAGAAUAACCUUAUACUUCAUAUCACCGAGGUACAGUGUGCAAUUGACCAACUUAAGAGAAAAUCAGAUAUUCAGAAAAUAAAACUCAUCAUAGAAGCUAAGAUGAGAAAACAAGCAAUUUCAGAUGUAUCCACACUGAAAGCUGCACUGACACAGAAAAAAUUAAUACAUCUUUACAGCUUCAAUUAG